AUGCAGCUACAGGAGCAACUUCCUUCCGGUGGGAAUCAAGCAUGGAUGGCCGGCCUGCAUUUGCAAGGCAACGGGCUAGUGGUGCAUGGCUCUUGCUUCAGGGGCCAUCCUCCAUCGAAAUAUGCAGCAAGACAAGAGUCAAUAGAUAUCACUUGUGGAAGCAAGGGAAAUCACACAGAUACUAGGGAUCCAGAAUGUGAAGCCAGCGGAGGCAAAAGACCAAGUAAAGGCUUAUCUUAG